AUGGGGUUCAAGUGCAGUCUCCGAAGCAGAACCAGGGACGAUCUCGGAGUCGGACACGGGAGCGCUACGAUCCCGUCGAAACGGGAACUCGGAGUCGGAGUUCGGAAGUGUGAGAGCGGUGUCGCAGCUGCCGCCCUCGGUGGUGGAAGCGCCGCCGGCUCCGAUUCUGCCGUCAGACGACGUAAUCCUUUACGGGAUGCGGCUGGAGAGUGCUGAGUCGCCGGCCGAGUACGACGAAGCCGGUGUCCCCGAGCUCCUGGCAGGCACUAAGGCCACGUUUCGCCUCUUUGGCUCUGGCUGGACCAACCAGACCGUCUUUGCCCUCACCGCCAGCAGCGGCCACCGUAACGGCUACUGCGAACAUCCUAAGGACGAAGUCGCAAAGGUGCAACUGGAGGACUCAGAGACCUCAGUGCUCAUCACUAUCAAAGUGCCCGAAGACGCAGGUCUGACGCUGUAUUUCUGUUCAAAAGACCUCUCGGUGCACAACAGAACGAUGAACUCUGUGUGGAAGCACCUCGGCUCGGAGAAGUUCAUCGCGCUGCGCACCUAUCAGAAGUUGAUCCCCCUCUGGCUAGCCAUUAUCAUCAUCCUGGUGUGCCUUUCCUUCUCGUGCCUCUUCUCGGGGCUCAACCUGGGUCUGAUGUCCCUGAACCGGACGGACCUAAAAAUAAUCUGCAACACAGGCACGGACGCCGAGCGCCGCUACGCCCGCGCUAUCUACCCGGUCCGGGAACACGGCAACUUCUUGCUCUGUUCCAUCCUCCUGGGCAACGUCAUGGUCAACUCCACGUUCACCAUCCUUAUGGACGAUCUCACGUCAGGGCUCGUCGCUGUCAUUACAUCAACGCUGGCUAUCGUCAUCUUUGGCGAGAUUUCGCCGCAGGCCGUCUGUUCGCGACACGGGCUGGCCAUCGGGGCCAAGACCAUCUGCAUCACGAAGGUGGUCAUGGUACUCACGUUCCCGCUGUCCUUCCCUAUCAGCAAGAUCCUCGACUGGUGCUUGGGCGAGGAGAUCGGAAAUGUCUACACCAGAGAACGUCUGAAGGAGCUUGUCAAG